CCCCCACUACUACGGUGGUAGAACUGGACAAGAGUGCUUGCUCUCAGACCCUACCCGUACCGGUAUUUGUUAUUCCAACCAUCCCCCUCCAUCCUCCCGAACCCCUUCUCUUCGGGGAUAGAUUUAAUUAGACGGCAGUCAAUCCCAACUUGCCCGCAUCCUUCUGUUUUUUCUCUCAUUGUUCCCUUCCUUCUCUUUCAUCAUUCAGAUCGGGUUCUUUGGUGCUUGCACAAACUUUAUUUCAACUUCUCCCGUUAUGACUGCCCCAGCUUCACCGCGUCUGUCCUCGUUAUCCAUCUCUGAAAGGAAGAAUGUCUUGGCCGGGAAGCAGGAGCAUUGUAUGUUUGUUGAAAUAUCCUCGCUCCUUGGGAAUACCCCGCUUUACCCCUUCUGCCGGGCCCGAGUGAAUAUUGACUCCUCCCAGAUCUCAAGAGGGAGCUUGUUUCCCGUCAGGUCCAGUUCGAGAUCUCGGAGCUCAACUCCCCAACAGCUUUACAACGUUUCGGAGCGCCUUUCCGCUCGCCCCUCGGAGAGGUCGCCCCUGUUGAUAGUGAGCUACCGAUCUUAAGAUACAUCUUUGUUCACCAUGUUAGAAAUUUCCCCUUUCUGGAUCAGGCGAGGGAGAGGGAAUUCUGGCAGGAUAGACUACAAGUAGUGAGUUUGCGGCCCCCGGGCCUGACGUGGGUAGCACUUAUGACAUUUAGUUCCUCGAAUCCUUUGCGAACAAACGGGUAUCGUCCUCCGAGGAUCGUUUAGAGGAGACCAAGCGGAGGAAGCUUGCCCUGAAGUGCGAAAAGGUUGUUGCUUUGAUGAUGAACUCUGGUAUCCCUACUGCGUCUGGCUAUGAAGAAUGUGUUGGGUUUGAUGAGAUUGAGGCUGCCGGAGGGGCCGACAGAGCUGCGAACGAGAGCGGUAUAUUGGUCAACAUGACGGAGGGGCAUUGGGUUAAUGGCUGGGAUGUCAACGUCGCUGCGGUGAGGCAGACAAGUAUCAAGAGAACCGUGCGGUAUCAUACACAUGCAGUAAGUAGGCGCGUCUGGCCUAAUCUUGGAUACUCUCUUAUCGCGCCCUUUUCCAGGAGUUCUUGAUUCGCACAAAGAGAAUGGAUCGGCCAGAUGUGAUUGUUGGCCGGAGAUAUGGUGCAUUCGUCCGUCUCCACCGAAAUGUAAGGGAUACGAGAAGGUAACGAAGCUGAGGGAUGCGGCCGCUGACAGCGUGACAGCUUCGGAAUGAGCUUCCGGGGAAGGUCCUCCCAGCUCUCCCGCGCAAGGUCGGUUCAUCUCAAAAGUCGACCGUGGGUUUGCUCUCUCUGUCAUCGGCCGACGACCGAUCCUCUAUGUACUCUGUGUCGACAACUUCCAGCAGCUCUGUGAAUGGAAAUGGCGGGAGGGGUGGUAACGGCCACAGACGGUCUCAAUCAUUAGGCACUUCAUUGGGCAUAAGCAAACAUAGUCGCAACGCUUCCCGAAACUCUUUGGCUAGCAGUAUAAAUGAACCGGUUACUCUCUGGCGUGAGAACCAGAGGAUAUCGUUAAGAGCAUUCCUGAGGGUCCUACUUGGCGAUAUCCAAAUUGCGAAAUCUAGGGCGAUGAAUGAGUUUCUGCUGAAAGACCCAAUUGCUUUGAAUGAAGAGGAGCUUAAUGAUGAGGCGAGGAGACGAGAAAUGGAUCAUAUCAGAAUUGAGGAGCAACAGAGGUUCUAUGAGAUUGCGAGGCAGAGAGCUCGAGAGCUUGAUGUUUACAUGGAGAGUUUUAGAAGGGAGAUUGUUGAAAGCAGUAAGUACCUUUUCCAGGUUGCUCCACCACCUUAUCCUGUGGUGCCAAUACUGACGUUUUCAAGAUGGGUUAACGAAACUUUUUGCGGAAAUAAGAGAGAAGGACAAACUUGAAGACCUUUCAAUUCAGUAUAAGAAGUUUGCGGAAUGGCUCCGGAUAGAGAUCGCCGCAACUAUCUAUCAUAUUUUCCUCGCCGAAGAUAACUCGCCCGAACUGUUUCAUCAAGCCAAGAGAAUACACUCCCUAAUCCCUUACACAAUCCUCAAGAAUGUCAUUCGCAUUGCUAAUCCGGCAGCUGUGAUGAACGGAGUACUGGAUCUAUUUCUGGCAACACCAUUUGGAUCCCGGUCAUUAAUGCAACGAAUUCUUUCUAUGGCUAUAAACGAUGGUAUUAGGCAGCUGCAAAAAGGCAUAGAUUCUUUGACUGUAAAAAUCGAUGAUCCGGUGCUCUGUAGCAAGCUGAGGCAGUUUACCGAAAUCGAUGAAGAGAUCCGCGAGGAGAUUAGAAGGGAUGCAGUUCUCGACCAGGUUGAUCUGGUUGUCGCUAUAUUGAGAUCGGAAAGGAUAGAGCCAGAACUAGAGCCAAAGCAGGUGGAGACUGUAUUCAACGCAUACGUCGGUUGGAACAGUGCGGUGGAAAGCGUGAGUCUCUGCAUGCAAUAGCUGGAUACGGGUGUCACGCUGAUGCUGGAUGGCGCAGGUCGACGAUAUGAGAGCAGGCGGACAAUUGUUCGCUUACCUAAAGCAGUUGUUGAAGCUGUAUACCAGACAGCGAGACAAGAAUAUGAUGUUGGCUAUAAUUGGAGAGGUGUGUAUAGCAUAGCCUUUCGGAGUAUGGGUCGUCUGCUGAUUACUCGGGGGGUUCAGCCAGUAACACUACAGCUCUUCCGCGAUCUCUUCACCAUCUUCUACGAGCCAUUAAUCAGGGUAUAUAAAUCGGCGAAUGUAUACAGCAGUGUAACAGACUUUGCCGUCUUUGCCGACGAUAUGGUGGAAGUUGUGGAAAAGGCGCAAAGCCAGGGUAAGCCCGUUCCUUUCCAGUUGGACGCUAGGAUCGAAAGUAGAAAGAAAUAUAUUGACGAUCUAAUCUACAGACAUGUCUUCAGACCCUAACCAGACCGUUCAGGCCUUCAUCGACCUUUGCGCUCGCCAUGAAGAUAACUUUUACAAAUUCGUCCACGAGGUCCAUAUCCAUGACGAUGGACUGUUUGAGAAGCUCAUGGGCUGGCUAGAGGGAAUUCUAUCGUUCCUUCGUAACGGCCCUAAAUCGGGCCCACUGGAUAUGAAUCGCCUUGUAGAAGAAGCCGUCCUACGCGGUGAUAUCGACGGCAAUAAAGCCAAGGCAGAGAUCGAUCAAUUAAUCAAAUGGCAAGCCCGAAGAAGGAAGUGGCAUGAAGACAAGACCAGACAAAAGAUGGCCAGCGGAGGUGACAUGAACGGGUGGCUCAACACUGCUCCUGACAACGCAUUUACGACCUCUGAUUUCGGCCUUAACUCGGUACUUCACCUCCCCCACUUCCCACACAUAAUGCGAGGCUGACAGAGCGAAAGGCUGACCUAGACGAACUAAACAACGUCGACGAUGACAACAACUCUAGCGAUGAGGACGAAUCUGACGACCAAGCCGACCCAAUCGAGGCCGAGAAACGUCGGAGGAAAAAGAAGCAGGACCAUUUAAGGCGUAGCGCUGGCGAGCCGGAGAAGCCGGAAGUCAGUGAGAUACUGAAGCUGCAGGCGGAAUUCUUACUGCAGCUUCGGAAUGUGCUGGCGGAGUAAUUGUAGUAGCGGGUAGGUUGACUGGGCUGAACUUGAUGAGUGAAAAUGGGAGGGGUUUUCAGGUGCCUGUUGUAAUGGAAAGUUUUCUUUUUCUUUUUUCUUAUGAUGGAACAGUUUCUUUUUCUUCUUUCUGUCUGUACAGUACUAUAGGAUGAGGGCUUUUCCUUGAUCGGGAGUGGCCUUUUAUAUCCUAUGCUUCCACGCCG